AUGGCGAAUCAAUCAAUUAGCCAGCAUGAACGGGGCUUCUCAUUCCACGUCAACUACUCAUCGCAAGAGGUCGCGCAGCUGGCUCAGGAGAUUCACGAGGAGAAAAUCUCGGAGGUUCACUUAUCUUUGUUUACUUUCUGGAUUUGCGAGAAGGGGCACCACUACGAAGAGGCCAAACAACAUAUUCGAGAGUUAGCGCUAGACCAGGGCUACCCAACCAGCCGCAUCUCGAACUCAUUCCUGCGCAAACUACUUGAAGAUACAAUUCACCUUCGUCCAAGGUACGCGAAACCAGUUCCUCAAACGCCAGGUCUUCUCCAGGGAAUACACACGCGCGCGGUAUCUGAAGUCACAUGGUCCCCUAGGACACCGCCGCAAUUCUACCCUGACCCCAAGUCACCAUCAGCUUCACCUAGUAUAAAAGCUGUUGAGAACCCUCGCAGUGCCCCAUACUUCUCGAUGAUGUCCAUGGGAGGUAUGCCUCUUCAGCGUCAGCGCCAGACAUCCACGCUUGAUGCGCCACCGCUAUCGUCCAGCGCGAUCGCCGUCACCGCUCAACCAUUUAUUCCUGGAUCGGUUCCGACGCUGAAUCCGCAGCCACGAACAAGAGCUCCAAACAGCCCUACCCCACUCAGGCGAGCUUCUCACCGAAUCGGUGGAGCCCCCACACAAAACCGAGUCUCAGCAACCCGCGCAGUCUCGUCACCAGUCCCCGCUCGGCCAGGUCUACUCCAUAGUCCACCAUCUUUAAUCCCAGAGUUUCCGCUGCCACCCACGACAGGCCCAAUGGAAAUGCGAGGUUCUCUCCCCUCGGCUUCCCCAUGGAAUGCCGAGUUUCCGCCCGACACGCCAGACCGCCCGGCUCCGCUCAAUAUCAGAUCUCGUACAAAUAGUGGUGUGGCCCAGGUGCAGAAGGAUGUUCUUCCACCGUCAGUUUCCACACCCACUCCCAUGCACCAGGCGCCACUAUCUUCAUCAUCUCCGACCAUGUUGAGUACUCAUCCAAAUGGAACUGCAUCGAGCCUUUGCACCGAGGACGAGAUGGGAGGUAUUACGCAAGACGACGGAGCGUCGAGCUGGCGGUUGAGUACUGUCUCUAGCUUCAACUACAUCAUCUCCGGGUCCACUCGAACAAACACCAUAGCUCCCGUUGAAGAGGACGCAUCAACCUCCUUCCACAGCUCCACUGAGUUGCCUAGUGAGACCUCAACUCGCGUUGAAACUGAAUCAGAAGCCGAACCCGAGAUGAUAUCGACUCCCAUUGCGAAUACUAGUAGCAACAUUAGCCAUCAAGACUACACUGCAGUCUCGGAUCCACUAGAUCGAUACGUCACCGUGACUCCAUACGGCCGUGUGUGGGGCUUCAUUCCAGGCCCGGUACCAACAUCUGCUGAACGUCGCGCAGCCGUUCAAGCCCGUCGGCAGGCCCAACUCCAAGGCGCUCCUGUCUCUGGCUUACACCGUCCUCUCCCUCUACGUAGCUUCGACAAUGAGAGCAUUCGGGGCCACUCUUAUUGGUCCUCUAGCAGCUCUGCCAACCUCAGAUCUACAUCAGACCCAGACCCGUCUCGAGGCCAUCCGCUCCCGAGAGGUACCCUCACAGGCUUGAGCAAUCGGAUCGGACCUAGCAUUCUCACGCGCAUGGCUUCGCGACCAGUCCUUCCAGCUUCCGAAGCUCUUGCCCCGAACGCUGCGUAUAGAUCUGCCACGUCAGAACAUAUUAGAGGCUUACUCCAGCAGACCCGUGCUCGUGGUGCGCAAUUGGGUUCCGUGAACCGAUCUUCCUUAUCUGCAUUCGAGGUCGCUUGGAGGAAUAGCAAUGAGGCGUUGAUUGUCGCGAUUUAUGGUCGUAGUGAUGUUGUGCUGGGAAAUGAGGAUGUAGAGUUUUAA